AUGAUCAUGCGCGCCGUACCUCUCUUCCUAGCCGCUGGGCUAGCUGCCGCGUUGGACAAUGGACUCGCGGUCACACCUCAAUUAGGAUGGAACACAUGGAACUCAUUUGCUUGCAACAUGAAUGAGACGGUUGUUCUGGACGCAGCCCGGCGCAUUGUUGAACUAGGAUUCAAGGAUCUCGGGUACAACUAUGUCGUUCUAGAUGACUGCUGGUCUGCUGGCCGAAACUCCUCCGGAUACCUUGUGCCUGAUAAGAAGAAGUUUCCCAGCGGUAUCGCCGAUGUCGCGAACAAAAUCCACGACAUGGGCUUGAAGAUUGGUAUCUACUCAAGCGCGGGAACUAUGACCUGUGGCCAUUACGCAGGAUCCUUGGGCUAUGAGAAGAAGGACGCUGAGGUGUGGGCCAGCUGGGGUAUUGAUUACCUCAAGUAUGACAACUGCUACAACCUGGGUGAGGAAGGUACUCCUAAGCUGUCUUACGACCGAUACAAUGCGAUGAGCAAGGCCCUGAACGAGACUGGCCGUGAGAUCCUCUACUCCCUGUGCAACUGGGGCGUGGACGGACCGUGGAACUUUGCUCCCACCAUGGCCAACUCUUGGCGGAUGAGCGGUGACUUGACCAAUGUCUGGGACCGUGACGAUGUGAACUGUCCCUGCUCCGAGCACGAAGGAUUGGACUGCAAGCUCCCCGGAUACCACUGCUCGAUCAUGAACGUCGUCAACAAGGCUGUCUUCUUUGCCCAGAAGGCUUACCCUGGUGCUUGGAAUGAUUUAGACAUGCUUCAGGUCGGAAACGGAGGUCUGACCGAGGACGAGGCCAUUUCGCACUUCAGUCUCUGGGCAGCCAUGAAGUCGCCGCUUCUCAUGACCAACGUCAUGACUAAGAUCGACGGACCUACCCUCUCCAUUCUGCAAAACACCGCCGUGCUGGCCGUUUCCCAGGAUCCCCGGGGAUCAAGUGCUGUUCGCAUUUGGCGACACUACGUUGACGGCGGUGAGAUCCAAAUGUACAGUGGCCCCCUCAGCGGCAACGACCAGGUCGUUCUCCUCCUGAACGGCGGGAGCGAGGCUCGCGAGAUGAACGCCACCCUGAGCGAUAUCUUCUGGUUGAGCGGUGCCGAGGGAACUGCCCCCCAAUUGAAGUACGAGUGGGAUGUGUAUGACCUGUGGGCUGCCCGCAUGAGCAACGACACCGCCAAUGCCAUCAUCCACCAAAAGGAGAACGCCACUCUCCCCUUCAAUAUGACUGCUCACGGUGGCGCCAGCAAGGUCUACGCACAGGUGCCUCUGCCAACCUCGACCGCUUUGAUGGGCAAGAAGGUCAGCACUGUCAAGGCUGGUGGAAGUGUCAAGGCCCACGUGAAGCCCCACGGCGUGGCCAUGUUCCGUCUCCGAGCGGUCGAGAAAAAGGAUGAGCUGUGA